AUGAUUACGAUGGGAAUCCUCCUCCCUUUACUCGGAUUGGCGCUCUUGGGUUUUGUGGCAUCGUCCCCGGUAGAGCUCAUUGGGCCUGCACUCUCUCCAGAGGCAUUCAAACGAGCUGUUAGCUCUGCUUAUGUGUUUACCGCUUUCACCAGCGUAUCCGAGUCCAAUCUCUACGUAUACACUUCAGACGAUGGCACCAAUUUCAAUCUUUUGAAAGGACCAGCUUAUACCCCGGCUACCGGUCUCAUUCGUGAUCCGAGCGUUAUUCUUCACACAGACGGAAAAUACUACAUUGCCUAUACGACUGAUUGGACUGGAACCAACUUUGCUAUCGCGAGCAGUUCUGACCUCCUUACCUGGACACUUGUCGCCACGAUCCCCACCUCUUCCUCAUUAAUUACUCCGGACAACACAUGGGCACCGGAAUUCUUCAAAGACACCAAUACCGGAAAACUGAAUAUCGUCGUCUCUCUCUCAACCGGCAGCUAUGGUCCUUUCUUACCCUACCUAUUUACUGCCAACGACGACACCCUCACGUCAUGGAGCGGCCCCGUCGUUAUGACCGGUAUAUCCAACUCGGGUUUGGGAUACAUUGACAGCUUCCCCGUUUUAUUCAAUGGUCAAUAUCAUCUAUUCGCCAAAGCAGAGACAAAUGGAAAAAAAAACAUUGAACACGCCGUUGCCUCGUCCCUCACGGGCCCGUAUACCUUUGUCCAGACCGGAGACUUUGCAGGAUGGGGGCACGCCGAAGGCGGGUGUGUCUCCAUUCUUCCAAAUGGUACCCAUCGCUUAUAUGCCGAUGGCUACGAUUCUGGCAAAUACAUCUACUCGGAUUCCACUGACCUCUACAACUGGUCUUCCUAUCAAAUUCUUCCUGGUGGUCUGAACGGGUUUGUAAGGCAUGGCACGGUGUUAAAGCAGUAA